CUCACAAUAGCUUUUAAAGAUAAUUUUGUUUCACAAUACGAAUGGCAAAUUUGCCAAAACUAGGCAUGUGUUAUGCCUACUUUCAUUCAUAUUGGAGUUUUUCCUUUGCUGAUUAAAGAAAUAGGACCAGAGUUUUCUCUACCUUUAUAUCUAUGUUACAAGAAGAGGCUGAGGGUCAUCAUAAUAUGAUAUCUGCUUGCUCUGACGGUCCAAUAUAUCAAAAUGAUGCGGCCGGACCCAGCAAUAUGGUGGAAGGUUUGCCACGUUCAAAUGAGGCUGUUGGUAUCAGUAACAGUGGUCUUGAAACUUGCAUUAAAGAAAUACAUGAAAAGUUUGAUGAAUUAAGCAUAUUGGAAGAACUACGUAACGAAGAACGGCAGUGGCUAGAGUAUUGUGGCAGGAAGAACAAAAUGAAUGAUUGGUUAAAGAAAGUAGAAGGCCUGAAAGAAGAAGCAGCUCAGAUAUUGCUGCAUCAUGAUGCUUUGCAAGACCCUCAAAAGGAAAUAGAUGAUUUGGAAAGCAAAUUAACCAAGCUGUACCGUGAAAUGCCUCGCAAGAUUUCUUUUUUUGAUUCUUGAGAUUAAAUAUUUCAUGUGGAAACAAAGAGUUAAGCCUCAAAGUAGUCUCUGAAAUUAUUAAUUACCCAAAUUGGUACCUGAAGUUAAACGCCGGGACUCAGUGUUGUCCUUCCGACACAUUUCUUCUAGGUGGUGUCAUCGGAAAGCUGAUGUGGCUAAUUUGGUGACACGCGGGCAAGGCUAAAACGACGUGGUUUUGAUAGUGGCGCGUAAAUGGCCGAAAACGACGUCGUUUUACUCCAAAAGUUGGUUUUGAAGACUCCCCCAUCAAACGUUAAUGUAACACAUUGUCUUCCCUCCCUCAAAAUAUAACACAAACCCCUCCUCCCCUUUACUCGUCAAUGGCGGUGGUUGGAUUGUGGUAACUGUAGCGAUUUCUGUGGAGCACGACUGCUAUAUAGCAUCGGAUAUCGUCAUCUGCCUCAAACGAAGACUGUAUCGAAGGCUUGUCUCUCUGAAAAAGAUGGGAGACCCUUAGAUUACCAUCAUAUUUCACCAUAGAGGCUUAUUCGUCACAGAGCGUGAUGGAACUGUGAAUUACAGUGGUGGACAGAUUUCUGAGUUGUCAAGAGUUGAUGUAGACACGGUGGAUGUAUUUUUUGUCCGAGACUACUAUAAGACA